UUUAAAUUAUUUAUUAUGGCAGAAGUCGAGUAAUUAUCAGAAGAACUCACAACCUUAAAGAGAGUUGUUUAAACAUCAUUACAUAGAGGAUUGUUGGCUAAGGGAGUCCACGAAGUGUGCAAAGCCAUUGAAAGCAAACAAGUAUGAAUACUCUUCAUCUCUAGGCAAAAUUCGUGGUUUUGGCUGAUGAUUGCACUGAAGACACAUACAAGAAAUUGAUUGUUGCUUUGGCUAAAUAAUUCUAAAUCCCAGUUUGGAAAGUAGAAAAAGGAGCUUUGUUGGGAGAAUGGAUUGGCAUUUCUAAAUUCCUUACUAAAACUAAGAAGAUCAAAUCAAGAAAGUGCUCCUCUGUUGCACUCAAGGAUUUUGCAAUUGAAGUUAGUGAAAAUGAAAAACAAUUCGUCGAAGAUAAAAUUAAGGGAUUGUGAAGUUAUUAUCACACAUCGUACAUCUAAAUACAUUAAUCAUU